AUGAACAUUCCAUGUGUCGUAGGCAUGAAUGAAGUGGCUUGGCAAGAGACCAGAGGAAUAAUGCAUGCGAGCAAUGGGCAGGAUGCACUUGGGGUUGCAGUCGGGAUGGUCCCCUCCGGAGGAACAGUGUCAGGACCCAUUGGAAACCAUCCACAUGCCAUUCCUCCCGGUGCUUCCAACGCACAGGUGCCUUUGAGCGGCCGCUCUCAGGAUGAUGCCACAGUGGGAUAUUUCUUCCAAAGACAAGCCGGAGAACAGGUGAAUGGCUACAGCAACAAGCACCGAUGGCCAACAGGAGAUAGCGUGGAGGCUUCGGUGAGGUCUGCAGAUGACUUGAAUCACGGUUUCCAGGCACUGGCAUUAGAAUCUCGAGGAAUGGGAGAGGUG